AUGAAACUCUUUGCUGUUAUUUUCUUUAUUGCAUUUACUUAUUCUUUUAAAUGUGAGACAAUUGAUAUAACAAUUCCUGACUCAUUUAUUGAUGACUAUUAUUGUGAUUGUCCUGAUGGUUCUGAUGAAAAAAAUACAGGAGUAUGUGAAGGAAGUAUGUUUGUAUGCCAAAACAAAGGUGCUGAUGCUGUGGAAAUAGAAAGUAGAUUUGUAGGAGAUAGUAUUUGUGAUUGUUGUGAUGGGUCAGAUGAAAAAGAAGGAUUAUGUCCAAAUGUUUGUAAACAACAAACACAAACAAAAAUUGAUGAAGUUGAUAAUGAAAUUAAACGAAUGGAAGAACUAAUUCAAAUAAAAGAGAAAUUUUCAAUAGAAGGGAAAAGGCUUAGAAAAGAGUUGACUAAAGAAAUUAAAAAUAAUAAAGCAGCAUUAAAAGAAGUUAAAGAAGAAUUAAAAAAUGGAGAUUUUGAUGAUACUAUUAAAGAACAAAAAAGAAAAAGGGAUAACUUUAGUGCAGAUUAUAAAGAACGUUACAACAAUUUAAAAAGUAAAAUUAUUGAAGAAGUUACUGAUGAAACAAGUGAAGAAAUACUAAAAAGGAAGAUAAAAGAAUAUGGAUUUGUUAGUCCAGAUGAAGAAGAAGUUAAUGUUACUUCAGUUGAAGCACAAAAAGAAGGAAAUCAAAAGCCAAAAGAAGAAAUCAAAGAAGAACAACGUAAAUUAAAAUUAUUAAUAGAAGAAGAAGAAACAAACUUUAAAAAAGAAGAUAAAGAAUUAGAAAAAGAAAUUAAAGAAUUAGAAGAAAAACAAAAAGAAUUAAAAAAUAAGAAAGCAGUAAUUGAAAGAAAACUAUGGGAACUUAAUGAGAAAAAUAAAAUUGAUAUAACACAAAAUAAUUAUUGUAAUGAUUAUUUCUUCUUAAAUGAAUAUUCUAAAGAUAAUUUUAAAUUAUAUUAUGGAUUUAAUAUUACUCAAAACAAUAAUAUUAACGUUGGUUCUUUCGUAGGAUGGAAUACUUCUGAUAUUCAACUUUAUUCCAAUGGAACUACUUGUGAAAUUAAUCAAAAAAGUAUUACAAGAAAAGCUGAAGUUCAUUUGACUUGUGGGGAAACACCAAACAUUAUUUUUACUGAUGAACCAAAUACUUGUGAAUAUGUUUUGGUUUUACAAACUCCAUGUGCAUGUAAUAAAAAACUUUUGAAAAGUCUCCAUGAAAAAAGAAAACAAUUAGAAGAAAAAUUACAAUAA